AUGGCGGCACAAUCGACCGGUAUUCAAACAUUGUUGGAGGCAGAAAAAGAAGCUGCAAAGAUUGUACAAAAGGCCAGAACAUACCGUACACAAAAGCUCAAAGAUGCACGAUCAGAAGCAGCAAAGGAGAUUGAAGAGCUUAAAUCAAAGCAAGAAGAUGAAUUCAACAACUUCAAGAAAGAGUACGAAGGAUCUCAAUCAUCUUCACAAUCACAGGUAGAGAAAGAAACACAGGAAAAGUUGAAAACGAUCAAUGAAGCUUUCGAUAAGAAUAACGCAAAAGUGGUUGAGAAGCUAUUGGAACGUGUUACACAAACAAAGGCUGAAUUGCACAGAAAUUUGCAGAAAGUCUGA